AUGUCGAAGCUAUCGCCCGGCCUCAAGGCCCUCAUCAACGCGCCCUUUGCGCGCCCAAACCAAACGCCCGCCCCCGCCCGCAUUCGUGGCGUCUACCAGGCCAUCGCCAGCGACGCAGCGAGACGCAAAGUCGGCCUCAAGCCUUGGGUGGUCUUGUGCAGCGCAGCCACCUUUACUCUCAACUCCCCCGAAUCCCUAGCAAUCCUCCAAGAUGUCGCCUCCGACUAUUCCUCCUCCUCCUCGCCGCCUCUCUCUCCCGUCCAAGUAGCCGAGCUGAUCCGCGAAGUCGGCCUCAAAUGCAUCUCCUUCAACGGCAUCCCCCGCUCCAUCAACUGCCUCAACGCCUUCCACGCCUCGCUACCCGCCGAGAUCACCUCCCAGCUCGAGACGAAGUCGUCGCGCGCCCCGACGCCCGAGAUCCUGCCGGCCAUGAUCGCCCGCGGCCGCGCGCUCUGGGACAGCGUGUACCGGCCGUUCGAGAACUCCCUCGUGACUAAGCUGGCGACUUCGCAUCCCGACUUGCCCGUGCACAUCCUCAACAGCCACUACGCGGGGCUUCUAUCCGAUCCGGACGCCGAAGUGCGUGGCAACCUAGCGUCCACCGGUCGCGUGCUGACGAGUGUCAUUGCCCUGGCCUGCCUCCGCUCUCAAACUGGCGUUGGACCCCAGGUGCUAAGCCACGUGUUUGGUCUACGCAAGGCUAUCGAGGACGGGUCGUAUAAGGCGCCCGGUCAGGAGGUUGUAGAAGGCGCUGAGUGGUUGGCGACUGAUGAGGGGAGCGAGUGGAUCUUGAGGACGAUCGAUUCUAUUUCUCGGACACUCGGUGGAGGGAAUUUUGCGCAGGAUCCCCAGGCCAAGCUGUGA